AUGUAGCAAUUAAUAAUAAAUAUUGGUUGUAAAUAAAUAUAUUAAUUGUUGCAAAAUGCUACUUAAUUCAACAGUGUGUCUACUUUUAGAAGUCCAAUAAUAGUUCCAUCGAGUUAAUAGGUUUCUCCUGUAGCAUCAGGACUGAAUAGUUUGAAAAAUCUACAUAGUCCCAAAGGAUCUCAGAUUGAUGUCACCAGUCUCACUCGAUUAAUAAAAUCAACAAAGAUUAAUGAGUCAGUAAAUAGCCAAUAGAUAUAAGCCUUGCUUGCAAAAGCUAGAGAAAUAGCAAAGGUAACGACAGACUCUAAAUCGUAAGCACAAAAAAAGCAUGUUAAAUUGCAGAGUUAAUAAUUUGUAAACUUCAAAGACUUACUUCAUAAUUCUACUUCUGCUAAGAUUCAAUAAGAAAUCAUAUUCUGCAGAAAUUCAUUUAAUUUUGAGUUUGUCAUUGGAAUUGGUGGAUUUGGUAAAGUUUGGAAAGUUGAGCACAAAAAAACAGGGUAAAUAUUCGCAAUGAAAGAAAUGUCAAAAGCAUUAAUUGUGACAAAAAAAAGUGUACAUUCUGUCAUGAAUGAACGGACGUUAUUAAGUCAAUUAAAGCAUCCAUUAUUAGUCAAUAUGAACUAUGCAUAUUAGGAUAGAGAAAACCUAUACUUAUUGAUGGACUAUAUGAAAGGAGGAGAUCUCAGAUAUCACAUAGGAAGGAUGAGAAGAUUUGAUGAAAACUCAACAAAGUUUUUUAUAGCCUGUAUUGUCUAAGGAUUAGAAUACAUACAUUCAAAUAAAAUAAUUCAUCGAGAUAUCAAACCUGAAAACCUGGUACUUGAUGAAAAAGGAUAUGUUCAUAUCACUGAUUUUGGGAUUGCUAGAAUUAUGAAACUUGAAAACAGCAGCGAUACUAGUGGUACUCCUGGAUAUAUGGCACCCGAGGUUAUGUGUAAGUAAAAUCAUUCUUAUGCUGUUGAUUAUUUUGCUGUUGGAGUUAUUGGCUAUGAAUUUAUGAUAGGGAGAAGACCAUAUUUUGGAAGAUCUAGACAAGAAAUUAGAGAUUCGAUUUUGGCUAAAUAGGCUUCAAUUAAAAGAACAGAGAUUCCUAAUGGUUGGUCUCUUGAAGCAGUGGACUUUAUUAAUAGGUUACUCCAACGAAAACCUUAAAAUAGAUUAGGUUCUAAUGGUAUUCAAGAAAUCAAGGAGCACCCAUGGUUUGCUAACUUUGCAUGGGAUAAAUUGUAAAAUUAAACAUUGAUUCCUCCUUUCAUUCCAAAUCAAACUGAAGAUAACUUUGAUUAAAAGUAAAUUAUAGAUGAGGAUGAAGAAAAUUAGGAAUUAAUCUAAUAAAAUAUUUUAGUCUUAAGAGAUUAAACUAUCUAGGAUCAAUUUUAAGGAUAUGAGUUUCAAUAAGGAAAUCAUUCUAUUUCCACUGAGUAAUCUUCUGGUUCAUCAACUAAACAUAGUCGUCACCUAAGUGAAAGAUUGCAUAUCUUUGAAAAAAAGAAGAUAAUAUGA